AAUAAACAAAACACCAUACAAGAUUUCUGUAUUUCAUUAGUUUAUUUUUAAGUUUUCGGUGAAAUGCCGUGCGGGUACUGCAGUGAGACUACCAAAAAAGUUUUGUUCCUCAUAAUGAAGAUAAUUGGCGAGCUGGCCCUUCUGGGCGCUAUAGCUUCGGUCUUCAUCGUGGCAGCGCAGGGCCGAGCGGCAGAAAGGGCGGCUGAGGAAGCAGCCGGCAGAGAGUACAUGAGGAAACUGGACGAGAUCACGUCAAACUUGAAGAAUAGGAAAGUGAUUGCGUCCUGGAACUACGAGACGAAUCUUACGACUUUUAAUGAGGAGCAAUCGCUUAUGACGUCAUUGGAAGUGGCCGAGCAAGAAAAGGAAUUGUGGAAAGACACGAUGAGCUACCUCUGGCACGAGUACGAAGACCAGGAUCUGAAGCGAAUGUUCAGAAAGUAUUCAGAACUUGGCACGUCAGCGCUGCCGGAGGACCUCAACCAGCGGCUGAUCCAAGCUGUCAACAACAUGCAGACGACGUACGCAAAAGCCACCAUCUGUGACUUUAAGGACAGGAGUAAAUGCGAUUUGCAUGUUGAACCAGAUGUAACAGACGUAUUUGCUAAGAGUGAGGAUGCUGAAGAGCUGAAGUACACCUGGCUGGAGUGGCACAAGGCAGCUGGUGCGCCAUCGCGCGGCAACUUCACCGAGUACGUCGAGAUGAAUAACGAAGCUGCCAAGUUGAACGGUUUCGACAGCGUAGCCGAAUGGUGGCUCCACGAAUAUGAAGAACCGGACAGUGAAGCCCAGUUUGCGAGCCUCUGGAGCCAGAUCAGGCCUCUUUAUCAGCAGAUCCAUGCCUACGUUAGAAGACACCUUCGCGAGAAGUAUGGAGAGAGUGUUGUGUCUGCGAGGGGGCCAAUUCCUGCGCAUUUGCUUGGAAAUAUUUGGGCGCAGACUUGGGGCAAUGUUGAGAGGUUCACCAGGCCCUAUCCAGAUAAGGCUGACAUUGACAUCACGUCAGCUCUGAUUGCUCAAAAUUACACUCCCUUGAAGAUGUUUCAAACUGCCGAAGAGUUCUUCAAGUCCCUGAAUCUGAGUGGGAUGCCGGACUUGUUCUGGGACAAAUCCAUCUUCGAGAAACCAAACGACGGAAGGGACAUGGUCUGCCAUGCAUCUGCUUGGGACUUUUUUGAUGGAGAAGAUUUCAGGAUCAGACAGUGUACGACCAUAACAAGUGAGUUCUUCACGACGACCCAUCACGAAAUGGGCCACAUCCAGUAUUACCUCCAAUACAAAGACCAACCUGUCAUCUACAGAGGUGGAGCUAACCCUGGUUUCCAUGAAGCUGUUGGCGAUGUGAUUGCCUUGUCAGUGUCUUCACCGAAACAUUUGAAAGUAAUGGGUCUUCUUGAAGAUGGUCCUGAUGAUGAAGAGUCUAACAUUAACCAACUUUACAAAAUGGGUCUCGACAAAAUAGUAUUCCUCCCGUUCGGAUACCUUCUCGACCUAUUCCGCUAUGGCGUCUUCCGCGGCACCACCAGCACAAGAGACUACAACUGUCACUUCUGGGCGCUGAGGGAGACGUUGCAAGGAGUGGAGCCACCAGCUACACGAACGGAGAGUGACUUCGAUCCAGCGGCGAAGUAUCACGUUGCAGCUGAUGUGGAGUACAUGAGAUAUUACAUCUCGUACAUCGUCCAGUUCCAAUUUCAUCGUUCGCUGUGUCAGCUCGCUGGGGAGUACACUCCGGGGGACAACAGCAAGCUACUGUCCAAUUGCGAUAUUUACAGGAGUCAGGAGGCUGGCAAAGCUUUGGGUAAAAUGCUCCAGAUGGGAUCUUCAAAACCCUGGCCUGACGCGAUGGAGGUGCUGACAGGACAGCGUAACAUGGAUGCAAGUGGAUUGCUGGAGUACUUCCAGCCGCUGCAUGAUUGGCUGAAGGCUGAGAAUGAGAGGACCAAUGAGUUUAUAGGAUGGGAGCCCAGUACUGUUGAAUAUUGUUCACCGGAACAACGCAUGUUGAUGGCUGAAUUCGGAUUCGACAAAAAACUAAAGCAAUACGGCAAUUUGUGAAAUUUAUAAUUUAUUAAAUAUUUAUUUAUUGUU